GUGUCCAGCCUCCCCUCCAGUCACUCCCGCCUCCUGCAGCUCGCUGCUCCUUUUUCUCCCAUAGCCCCAUGGCCGCUCCGUCGCCGCCCACACCAGGCACGGGCAGGCUCCCGACGAUGGCGGACAUCAUGGCCGCGUCACGCGCGCAGGGCCUACGCGUGCGCUUAAGCACGGUUGGCCCUCUCUUCCGCGUCACGGCAACCCGCGUCGGCGGCGACGGCGACGUGGAGCUGGGCCGCGCCGAGGGCGCUGUCCGGCCCUGGCCCGGGGGCUCCGUGCUGCACCUCGACUCCAUGCGGAUGUCGCGCGCCACGCUCGAGGUCCCUGACCGGCCGCUCUUCGGCCUCGGCAUCUUCCUAGGCGCCGUCACCGUGCGCCAUGGCUUCGACGCUGGCUGCGUGCGCGCCGAUCUGCUAGCCAUCAACGAUACGCCGCUCUAUCACAACAAGCUUGUUAAGUUCUAUACGAGGAUGGGUUUCAAAGCAGUGCAUGAGGUAGAUGGAUCAUCAAUGAUGGAUCUUGCUCAUAUGUUAGUGUGGGGAGGUAAAGGAACAAGAAUGGAUGCUGAUAUAGAACAGCUCCUCAUGAAGUGGAGCAGAAGAUUCGGAUCUCAAGACUGAAGGCUUUUUUCUUGAACGGGAGUUGCAUUCUUUGCAGCAAAAUAUUUAGAUAUAUGAUAUACAAGCAUUUUCAUCAGCAAGAAACAAAUGGCCAGACAGAUUGUAUAUUUAUAUUCCGGCGACGACCGAAUGUAAGGGGGCAAGAAAAUGGGACUCAACUCAAUCUUCAGGGCCUUCACUUCCUGAGAGACAGUCAAGCUCUUUCAACUGUAGGUCAGGUCAAGCAAGAAAUCUCCAUGAUCCGUCACUCUCUGCGACAAGGAAUCUUAGCAUCUACGCAAAGCUCUUGAAAAAAUGCUGCAAUGCAAACCAUGAAAUGUUACAAUUUUUAGCAUCUACGCAAAUCUUAUAGUAUUCAAAUGGCAUUGACAAAAUGUUACAAUUCAUGCACUUUUAAAAUCCCGUGAAUCAGAUAAGCAUGAAAAUAUUUCAUUGCAAUUUGUAUUGGCAGUCCACGCUUUGUAUGGGGAGCUCCUA